UCUUGCCCGUCGCACCCGCCCCCGCGACCCUGGUGCUCGGCAUCCCCCUCGCCGCGCCGCGAUGAGGACACGCGAGGAGGUAGACGCGACGCUGCAGGUCGCCAAGCUGAACGCCGCCGAGCUGCUGCCCACCGUGCACUGCCUGAGCUUCGGCCUGGGGGCCAGCGGCGCGGCCGCCGGCGACUUCUGCCUGCUGGAACUGGAGCCCGCRCUGUGCCAGCAGCUGGAGGCCGGACACAGUCUUGUGAUUCGGGGAGAUAAAGAUGAACAAGCUGUGCUGUGCAGUAAAGACAAAACAUAUGACUUGAAAAUAGCAGAUACUUCAAAUAUGUUGCUUUUUAUUCCUGGCUGUAAAACUCCAGACCAGCUGAAGAUGGAGGAAACACAGUGUAACAUUAUUCACACUGAGAUCUUUGGUUUUUCUAAUAACUAUUGGGAAUUGAGAAGAUGCAGACCUAAAUUAAAGAAGCUAAAGAAACUUCUAAUGGAAAAUACCUAUGAAGGACCUGACAGUCAAAAAGAAGAGGAUUCAAAUCGCUCAAAAUAUACCACUGAAGAUUUGCUUGAUCGAAUUCAGGCAAGUGAAGAAGAAAUAAUGACCCAGUUAGAAGUUUUAAAUGCCUGUGAGAUUGGAGGUUAUUGGAGGAUUCUUGACUUUGACUAUGAGAUGAAACUUCUGAAUCAUAUAACUCAGCUGGUGGAUUCUGAAUCUUGGUCUUUUAGUAAAGUUCCUUUGAACAUAUGCCUUCAGGAACUUGGACCAUUGGAACCAGGGGAAAUGAUAGAACACUGUCUUAAAUGUUAUGGGAAGAAAUAUACAGAAGAAGGUGAAGUUUAUUUUGAUUUGAGUGCUGAUAAAAUAUGCAGAGCAACAGCACAAAUGUUACUUCAGAAUGCAGUGAAAUUCAAUCUGGCUGAGUUUCAAGAAGUGUGGCAACAGAGUGUUCCUGAAGGAAUGAUAACUAGGCUUGAUCAGCUCAAGGGUUUAGCACUGGUGGAUAGACACUCAAGACCAGAAAUCAUAUUUUUGCUGAAAGUAGAUGAUUUACCAGAGGGAAAUCAGGAACGUUUUAAUAGUCUAUUUUCUCUAAGGGAGAAGUGGACAGAAGAAGACAUUGCUCCAUAUAUCCGAGAUUUGUGUGGWGAGAAGCAAACCAUAGGUGCAUUACUCACUAAAUACUCACGUUCUUCAAUGCAAAAUGGAGUUAAAGUUUAUAAUUCAAGAAGACCCAUUACUUAAAAUUUGAACAAGAGUUUCUUCUUUGGAACUGAAUUGCUUUAUAAAGUUGCUAGAUAUAAGAAAAAAGAUUAUUUUAUGUAUUUUUAUUUUGGCUUUUAAAAACCUACUCCUUGAAUGCAUUUUUUGUUCUCAUCUUAAUGUUUUGAAACUAUUACUACUUACUUUUUAAGUGUAACAGGAUAUUUCAGUAUUCUUCAGAUUACAUUUGUUGUAUGUACUCAGUGUAAACAAGGGCACAAGAAAGUAUUAUUUCCUAU